AUGGCCCAUCCCGACACGCUUCUCCCCAUGCCCGAGAUCGAAGAUCCCACCGAACGAUUCGUCGCAGUGAUCAAAUUCUAUUUGAGUGGCUGGCACAUCAGACCUCCUGGUGUGAAGAAGCCAUUGAACCCCAUCCUCGGCGAGACGUUUACCUGCUAUUGGGACUACCCGGACGGGACUCGUGGUUAUUACAUUGCCGAACAGACGUCCCACCAUCCUCCCAAGUCCUCAUACUUCUUCAUGGCUCCGUAUCAUCAUAUCCGGGUUGACGGUACCUUGAAACCCCGAAGCAAAUUCCUCGGCAACUCGGCCGCGAGUAUGAUGGAGGGCAUAUCCUAUCUCCGGUUCACGAAUCGGGGAAAGUCGAAAAGUGGUGAAAAAUAUGUCUUGACGCAGCCGAACAUGUACGCUCGCGGCAUUCUCUUCGGGAAGAUGAAAUUGGAGUUGGGCGACCAUUCCUACGUUCGAUGCCCGGAGACCGGCCUCAGCGCCGACAUUGAAUUCAAGACCAAAGGCUGGGUGGGGGGAACCUACAAUAGCAUUGGCGGCGGGAUCAAAAACGAGAAGACGGGCGAAGUCCUUUUCGAGUUGUCCGGGUUGUGGUCAGGCGAAAUGUUCAUCAAGGACGUCAAGACCGGGCAGAAGAAGCUUCUGUUUGACGCGACCCAUGCCAGACAUUCUCCUCCACGAACAAGGCCUCUUGAAGAGCAGGGUGAUCGAGAAUCUCAGAAACUCUGGUACAAGACCGUCCAGGCCGUGAAGGCGGUCGACCACGAAAAUGCCACGAUCGAGAAGGCCAAGAUCGAAGAGCAACAAAGGGAGGAAGCCAAACGAAGAGAAGAGUUGGGAGUAGAAUGGCAACCUCAGCUGUUCCGGAGAGUCGACUCCAGGAAGGGUGGCUCGGAAGAAGGCGAGGAAGAUCUGGAAUGGAUCAUCCAUGCUCAUCUUGAUUCGAAGGAUCCCAAAGAGUUGGAAGAGAAGAUUCUCUCCAUUGCGCCGAUUGUGCCGGGUCAGGGGAACCCUGAUAGACGCGGCUCGAAGCAAUACCAUCAGCCACAGUCUCAUCCUCAACCGGAGCCUGCCAAGCAGAAGACGAGCCAACCGCAGGCAACUCCAUCGAAGCCGCAGCAGGCCUCAGAUAACCUGAUCGACUUCGAUUCCAAGCCACCUAUUACAGUUCCGCCCCGGGCGCCGUCGCAGCCUGGCACUCUACCCGCCUAUCCAAUCCUGCCUCCGCCGAAUCUUAAUCAGGCUCCAGUGCAUGAAUCGACUACUGUGAAAGCCCCAGGUGGCAAUGCACCACAGACGGCCAAUAUUAUGGAUGACGACGAGGAUAUGUCCAACAUGAGGAGCCAGAUGUCGAAUCUGAAAAUGCACCAAACCAUGGUCCCGCAGGGCCACAGGCCGUUGAAGAGAGCCGACACCGAGACCAGUGACGUGGAUGUCUUUGUGGAUGCUGAAGGUUGA